CCUGAAGGUUGCCAUCAUGAAUGCAAGUGGCUUGCGUAAAACCCAUCAAAAACAGUUCUUUAAGGACUUCGCUAUUACAUAAAAAAUUAGAAAAAUUAAACCUAAUGGAGAAUGAUUUAAUCCUUCGAGCUGCAAGAGGCGAAUCAGUCACAAGAGUUCCAGUAUGGUGUAUGAGACAAGCUGGAAGAUAUUUGCCAGAAUUUAGAGAAGUUCGAGAGGAGCAUGAAUUUUUUAAAGUAUGUAGAACACCUGAACUUGCAUGCAAAGUUACAUUGCAGCCAAUCGACAGAUUCGACUUAGAUGCAUCCAUUAUUUUUAGUGACAUUCUGGUCAUCCCUCAGGCACUUGGAAUGGAAGUUCAAAUGAUUAAAGGAAAGGGACCAGUUUUUCCUGAACCAUUAAAUGGACCAGAUGAUUUAAAGAGGUUAACUACAGAUGUUGAUGUAAAGUCAUGUUUAAAAUAUGUUUAUGAUGCCAUUGCACUGACACGAGAAAAGUUAAAUGGAAAAGUUCCUCUUAUUGGUUUUGCGGGUGCACCGUGGACAUUGAUGGUGUACAUGAUCGAAGGUGGCUCAUCUAAAACGUACUCGAAAGCUAAAAGAUGGUUGUAUCUUUAUCCUGAAGCCAGUACAAAUCUUUUACAACGAUUAACUGACAUAAUAGUUGAAUAUUUAGUCGAGCAGGUUCAUGCUGGUGCUCAGUUAUUGCAAGUUUUUGAUUCGCAUGCAGGAGAGCUACCAGAGGAUUUGUUCUUACAGUAUUGUUACCCAUACCUUAAUGAGAUUGUAACGAAAGUGAAAGCAAAAUUAGGUGCUGAAAAAGCUGUACCUAUGAUUGUGUUCGCAAAAGGCGCCCAUUACGCAAUUGAGAAGCUUGCACAAACAGAAUAUGACGUUAUCGCUUUAGAUUGGCAAAUGGAUAGAAAAAAAGCCAGGCUGUUAGCUCCGAAUAAAACGUUAAUGGGAAAUCUAGAUCCGUGCGCAUUAUAUGCUGAAAAGGAAGUGCUAGAAAGAUGUGUGGAAAAAAUGAUUCGAGAGUUUGGUACAUCGAGGUAUAUAGCAAAUCUGGGACACGGUAUGUAUCCCGAUAUGGAUCCGGAACAUCUUCGGGUUUUCGUUGAUGCUGUCCACAAGUUUUCGGAAAAAGUGAUAACUGAAACAAAGUAAUGAAAUCAAGACUCUUAUUUUUAUUUUAUGGAAAUAAUAUUUUUACAACUUUUUUUGGAAAGAAAUGUAAGAAUAAUUGGUACAUCAGUUUAGAUAGAAAAAUCAUUUUAAGUUAGAAUUUUUUAAUAUGUGUAGGAACUAUAUUUUAUGAUAUUUCCUUCAACCGAAUUUUUGAUAGUCGUGUAAAAUAAACGUGGGAAUUUGACAAUAAAUUUUACUUGCAACCAUUUCUGUCGUGCAUUUUGGAAAAAAAAUAAUUCACAGUAUCACAGCAUCGCCUCGCGUUAAUUGUGCACCGCUUAAGGAGAUUCAGUCUACUUUCAGAAAAUCGAUCUAGAUAGCCUAAAAGUCACUAGAUUUGAAGAUAUAACGUUUUUAAAAUGGUAACCACGAUCACCCGACCUGCAGUGAAGAUUAACAGUGUUUAGAUUUUUGAGAUUAAGGAAGGCGUCUAAGUUUGUCACUACAAGAUACGAUGUAAUUCUUCUUUAGAAAUAUGUUUCUGCAUAUUUAGCAUUAUUUAUAGUUUUUUAUUUAUAGGUUUAUUACGUUUUUGUAACUUUAUUUUGUAUGGUAGGUGACUUCUCUCCUAAAUUUUUAUGUAUCGAACUGAGUUUUCAGAUUGACAUUAAAAGAUAAACAUAUCAGA